GAAAAGGUCCAAACGGCGCUCCGGCAACCCGAGAGUCGGCGUUUCAGCAUGGAGCGCUUGCUGUGCUUCCGGUCCUUUGCCGAGCGCUUGCGGCGCCUCGGGGAUGAGUUCGACCAAGAGGUGCGCCAAGCCUUGGAGGCGGCGCUGCAACGCGGGGCCUCCGAGGUGAAGCUCCUGCGGGAAGAGGUGGACUGGCUGCAGAGCCAGUUGGCCGCUGAGCGCCAGCAAAGCACUGCGAGGCUCUCAAGCUGCACGGAGCUCAAGCAACGGCUGCAGGAGGCAGAGCAAAUGCAACGCUUCGAAUUGGAGGCCAAGGAGUUCUGGCAAGCUGAGUUCAGCGUGAAGGAGGAGCAGUACAGCCUCUUGGAGGCCAAGCUGGCAGCACUCGCGCUCACGGAGGAGGAAGCGGAGGCAGACGCGCUCCGGAAGAGUUGUGAGGAGCUCGAGGCCCCCGCCAAGCUCCCAACGGCGAUGCCGGAGGAGGUGCAGGCUACCAGAGCCGGCUGCGAGGUGCUUUGUGAAGAAGCCGAUGCAGACGUACAGCAGGAGAUCGAAGCCGAGAGAGACGACACAGAGGAGGAGCUGGACCUCAGCGACGCCAGGUCGGUGCAAAGCUGUCUGGAGAGCCUCGAGGCAGCCAGCAGCAGCAAGGCAGAGCAGAUGCUGAGCAAUCUCCGUGCGGAGGGAUUCCAUGCCCUGCUGAUGGCAGCCCUCUCACGGGAGGGAUCCGGCCCUUUGCUCCACCGCAUCAUCCGCGUGUGGGUGUGCCGGCUGCUGAACCGUCAGGAGGGCCUGGCGAUGAAGAAGGCGGCGGAGCUGGGCAACGUCCAGGCGCUGGAGGCGCUGGUUUCGCUGGGUGGAACCGCUGCGGUGGCAAAGGCCACCGCGAGCUCGGAUAACGGCCAGGACGCGUCAGCGCCACUGACGCGGCCGCCGGAGAGGAGUGCGGAGACCGGCCUGCUGGCGCUGUGUGCAGUAAGAGGCGACUGCGAGUCCUUGGCGCUACUCUUGGAACACCUCCGCGGGAGCAGGAAGAGUCUUGAGCUCAUCAGUGAGGCGCGCGUCCUGGCUGAACAGCAUGGACGGGCGGAGGCCGCCGGGCUUUUGGCCACACACCUGGUUGUAGAACUCUCCUACGUCGGCAACGCGAGGUACCGCUCAGGCGAGUAUGAGACAGCCAUCGCUUGCUACCACGAAGCCAUCGAGCUCUGCGAGGUGCACCCCGAAGGUACAAGCUCGGAUGGCGCCAACCGCGACAACCUCAUCCGCUUGAGGUACAACCUUGCCCGUGCCCUUCAUCGUUCAGAUCGCUGGGCGGAGGCCCGGGACGAGGCGACGGCUGUCCUGGCCAUCGAUCGCGAGUACAUGAACGCUUAUGCCCUACGAGCCCAGGCGGCCAUGUCAGCGCUGGAGUGGGACGCUGCGAAGGCGGAUUGGGACAAGUUGGCGCUGCUGGCCGAGCGAGGCGGCAGCGCCUCGGUGGGCGCGGAAGUGCUGCGAGCCUGGCGCAGGCGGAAGGAGGAAUGCUGCCGACAGCUAGCGCAGGACCACUACGACGCCCUGGGCCUACCACGGCUGGCGUCACAGGAGGAGGUGAGGAAGGCGUACCGGGAGCUGGCGAAGCGCUGGCACCCGGACAAGCACCAAAGCAGGGGCGCGGACCUGCGUCAGCGCGCGGCCAGGCGCUUUCAGCGCAUACGCCAGGCAUAUGAGGUGCUCAGCGACGAGGCGCUGAAGCACGCCUAUGACACUGAGCUCCUCCUGCUAGAAGCACCUCGCCAGGCCCGGCCAACGGCCUCUAUGUCCUCCCGCCGAGGCUCGUUCUCCGACAUUUUUGUGGACGGCCUCUAGCUUCACCGUUCCUUUCUCCGCUUCGCGCCCACUUGGCGUAUCUCGUUCAACCUGAGAAGCCGGCGUGGUAGAACGGGAUUGGAAUUGGAGGAGAGAGGGAGCUGCUGCUUUCCUCAUCCACUAGCCCUCUUAGCGAAAUUGAUCUGUAUAGGUCGUUGAAUUCAGCGGCUGAGAUUUAGCCCGCUGCCAACUAUGACUGGACGCAUCUGGACGCCAACAAAGC